CGACAGGAUUUUUAUUUGGGGAGGUUAUAGGGGCUAUAGGUAUUGUUGGAAAAUAACAAGAACUGAGGACACUGAUCUCUAAUGGAAGGAGUGGCGCAGGUGUGAGAUGCAAUAAGAAGAUAUGAUAUAGCAGGAAAACUAAAUGUUAUGCAAAUCAAGAUCACCAGGCCUGGAAGAUGAUGAAAUGAGCACUAGUUUGCAUAAUCAAAACAAAAAAGAAAACAAUGAGUUACGGUGGAAGAGCUGUGCUGCCUCCCUCUCCAGCUGCCACCUGCCAAGAUGGUGCUAUCGGCCUGCCGGGGGGUGCUGCCCCUGGCUGCCCUCGCACUGCUCCUGCUUGUCUGCCUGGCUCCCGAUGGUUCAAGAGGGAAUAAACUUAAGCUGAUGCUUCAAAAACACGAAGCUCUGGCACCAGCUAAGACAGAGGUGUCGGUAAAAGAAAACACGGCCAAGGAGUUCUUAAGCAGCCUGAAACGCCAGAAGCGCCAACUGUGGGACAGGACUCAACCCGACGUGCAGCAGUGGUAUCAGCAAUUCCUCUACUUGGGUUUUGAUGAAGCCAAAUUUGAAGAUGACGUCUCUUACUGGACAAACCUGCGACGUGGUGGCAAUGAAUAUUAUGGAGGCUAUUACCAGGACCAUUUUGAUGAAGAUGCACCUAUUGGGCCCCGAAACCCACACACCUUCAGGCAUGGAGCAAAUGUCAACUAUGAUGAUUAUUAACCUCAUUUAUUCUACUGUAACUAAAAUUGUAUGUCUGUAUCGGAUUGAGCUAAGCCCUAGCCUCACUAACUCACAUUCUCUCUCCCCCUCUACCCUCUUUUUUUAUAGUAGCCAUUUGUUAUAAACAAGGAGAAGAAAGAAACUGUCUAGCACAGAAGCCUAUUUGGAAUGGGCUUCUAUAAUUACUUAAUAGUACACUCUGUAUAAGUGUUAGAAUUAAAGUCUUUUGGUAAAAUAAACAUUUUUCCAUUUCUUAGGUAGAGUUUGCAAUAGCUGACCAUUUCAAGGCACUGCAUUAUUAGGGAUUAUAUUUUCAAGGGCUUUUUACUCAUUCUUA